CUCCUCCCCGUUCUCACCCGCGCUCCGGGUCGGGAGCUAGUUGGAGCGCGGGGACUGCUGCCAGAGCCCAGCUCCACGGAGCCGGGCGGGUCGGCCGCGCGUCCAGCGGCUGCUGGAGGAGCCCGAGCGCAGCGGCGCGGGGCCCGGGUCGGGACUGCACGGGAGCGCCGAGCCCAGGGCCGGGGGCCGUUCCAGCGCGGCCGCCCAUUCCCAGACGGGCCGCCAGCCUUCCUGGUUGGCUUCCGCUGCUCCGUGCCGCCGGGAGCCGGGAGCCGCCGAGAGCAGGGCACCUGUGCCCGCAGCCCGGAGACCUUACCUGCCUGCCUCCGGAGCUAGGACUGCAGAGGGGCCCAACGAUGGUGUUCCUGGGACCCCUAGCUGUCACCCUGUUGCCGCCCAGCCUCACACUGCUGGUGUUCCACCUGUCCAGCUCCCAGGAUGUCGUCACUGAACCUAGCAGUGAGCAGCAGCUGUGCACCCUGAGGGAACACCCCACUGUGGCCUUUGCAGAUCUGAAGCCGUGGGUCUUCAACUUCACCUACCCUGGAGCCCGAGACUUCUCCCAGCUUGCUCUGGAUCCCUCCAGGAACCAGCUCAUCGUGGGAGCCAGGAACUACCUCUUCAGACUCAGCCUUGCCAAUGUUUCCCUCCUUCAGGCCACAGAGUGGGCCUCCAAUGAGGACACGCGUCGCUCCUGCCAAAGCAAAGGGAAGACUGAGGAGGAAUGUCAGAACUACGUGCGAGUCCUGAUUGUCACUGGCCGGAAAGUGUUCAUGUGUGGGACCAAUGCCUUUUCCCCAGUGUGCUCCAGCAGACAGGUGGGGAACCUCAGCCGGACCAUAGAGAAGAUCAAUGGUGUGGCCCGCUGCCCCUACGACCCGCGCCACAACUCCACAGCUGUCAUCUCCUCUCAGGGGGAGCUCUACGCGGCUACCGUCAUUGACUUCUCAGGUCGGGACCCCGCCAUCUACCGAAGCCUGGGCAGCGGGCCACCUCUUCGCACCGCCCAGUAUAACUCCAAGUGGCUCAAUGAGCCAAACUUUGUGGCAGCCUACGACAUCGGGCUGUUCGCCUACUUCUUCCUGCGGGAGAACGCGGUGGAGCAUGACUGCGGACGCACGGUGUAUUCUCGUGUGGCCCGAGUAUGCAAGAAUGACGUGGGCGGCCGCUUCCUGCUGGAGGACACGUGGACCACGUUCAUGAAGGCCCGGCUCAACUGCUCCCGCCCGGGCGAGGUCCCCUUCUACUACAACGAGCUGCAGAGUGCCUUCCACCUGCCUGAGCAGGACCUCAUCUACGGGGUCUUCACCACCAACGUAAACAGCAUUGCCGCUUCUGCUGUCUGCGCCUUCAACCUCAGUGCCAUCUCCCAGGCUUUUAAUGGCCCAUUUCGCUCCCAGGAGAACCCCAGGGCUGCCUGGCUCCCCAUCGCUAACCCCAUCCCCAACUUCCAGUGCGGCACCCUGCCAGAGGUGGGCCCCAACGAGAACCUGACAGAGCGAAGCCUGCAGGACGCACAGCGCCUUUUCCUGAUGAGCGAAGCUGUGCAGCCGGUAACGCCCGAGCCCUGUGUCACCCAGGACAGCGUGCGCUUCUCACACCUCGUAGUAGACCUUGUGCAGGCCAAGGACACGCUCUACCACGUGCUCUACAUCGGCACGGAGUCGGGCACCAUCCUCAAGGCACUGUCCACGACGAGCCGCAGCCUCCGCGGCUGCUACCUGGAGGAGCUGCACGUCCUGCCCCCCGGGCGCCGCGAGCCCCUGCGCAGCCUCCGCAUCCUGCACAGCGCCCGAGCGCUCUUCGUGGGGCUGAGCGACGGCGUGCUGCGGGUCCCGCUGGAGAGGUGCGCCGCCUACCGCAGCCAGGGGGCAUGCCUGGGGGCACGGGACCCAUACUGCGGCUGGGACGGGAAGCAGCAACGUUGCAGCACGCUUGAGGACAGCUCCAACAUGAGCCUCUGGACGCAGAACAUAACCACGUGUCCUGUGCGGAAUGUGACUCGGGAUGGGGGCUUCGGCCAGUGGUCACCAUGGCAACCAUGUGAGCACUUAGAUGGGGACAAUUCGGGCUCUUGCCUUUGUCGGGCCCGAGCCUGUGACUCCCCCCGACCCCGCUGUGGGGGCCGAGACUGCCUGGGGCCAGCCAUCCACAUUGCCAACUGUUCCAGGAAUGGGGCGUGGACGCCGUGGUCCUCGUGGGCCCUGUGCAGCACGUCCUGUGGGAUCGGAUUCCAGGUCCGCCAGCGAAGUUGCAGCAACCCUGCUCCCCGCCACGGGGGCCGAAUCUGCGUGGGCAAGAGCCGGGAGGAGCGGUUCUGUAACGAAAACACGCCUUGCCCGGUGCCCAUCUUCUGGGCGUCGUGGGGUUCCUGGAGCAAGUGCAGCAGCAACUGUGGGGGCGGCGUGCAAUCACGGCGGCGGUCCUGUGAGAACGGCAACUCCUGCCCAGGCUGCGGCGUGGAGUUCAAGACGUGCAACCCAGAGGGCUGCCCGGAAGUGCGGCGCAACACCCCUUGGACACCUUGGCUGCCCGUGAACGUGACUCAGGGCGGGGCGCGGCAGGAGCAACGCUUCCGCUUCACGUGCCGCGCGCCCCUGCCCGACCCCCACGGCCUGCAGUUUGGCCGGAGGAGGACGGAGACCAGAACCUGCCCCGCGGAUGGCUCGGGCGCCUGCGACACCGAUGCCCUGGUGGAGGAUCUCCUGCGCAGCGGGGCCACUUCCCAGCACUCUGUGAGCGGGGGCUGGGCCGCGUGGGGCCCCUGGUCGUCCUGCUCCCGGGACUGCGAGCUGGGCUUCCGUGUCCGCAAGAGAACGUGCACGAACCCGGAGCCCCGCAACGGAGGCCUGCCAUGCGUGGGCGACGCUGCCGAGUACCAGGACUGCAAUCCCCAGGCUUGUCCAGUGCGGGGUGCUUGGUCCUGCUGGACUUCAUGGUCCCCAUGCUCAGCGUCUUGUGGUGGAGGCCACUAUCAACGAACACGUUCCUGCACCAGCCCCGCGCCCUCCCCGGGCGAGGACAUCUGUCUUGGUCUGCACACAGAGGAGGCGCUGUGUGCUACACAGGCUUGCCCAGAAGGCUGGUCACCGUGGUCUGAGUGGAGUGCAUGCACUGAGGACGGAGUCCAAAGCCGCAGCCGGCACUGUGAGGAGCUGGUCCCAGGGCCCAGCACCUGUGCUGGAAACAGCAGCCAGAGCCGCCCCUGCCCCUACAGCGAGAUUCCUGUGAUCCUGCCUGCCUCCAGCAUGGAGGAGGCCACCAGCUGUGGAGGGUUCAGUCUUAUCCACCUGGUAGCCACAGGUGUCUCCUGCUUCCUGGGCUCUGGGCUGCUGACCUUGGCGGUGUACCUGUCCUGCCAGCACUGCCAGCGCCAGUCCCAGGAAUCCACACUCGUCCAUCCUGCCACCCCCAACCACCUGCACUACAAGGGUGGGGGCACCCCCAAGAACGAGAAGUACACGCCCAUGGAGUUCAAGACCCUGAACAAGAAUAACCUGAUCCCUGAUGACAGAGCCAAUUUCUACCCACUGCAGCAGACCAAUGUGUACACAACCACCUACUAUCCCAGCCCGAUGAACAAACACAGCUUCCGGCCUGAGGCCUCACCUGGACAACAGUGCUUCCCCAACAGCUGAUAACACUGUCCUGGGGACUUGGGCUCCUUGCCUUUUUAAGGCACAGAGCAGGUGGAAAUGGGACGGUGGAGCCAGUUUGGUUUUCUCCUUCUGCACCAGGCCAAGAACUUGCUGCCUUGCCUGUGGGGGUCCCAUCCGACUUCAAAGAGCUCUGGCUGGCGGUGACCAUGGGGGAGAGGGCUGGCUUCAGGCUGGCACGUGGCUGCAGUUCCAGCACAGCCCAGGUCUCUCAUGGCCUCCUUGCAAUUCACUACCGUGCUGAUAUCCCCUGCCUUGUCUGGGCUGUGGACCUACUGGGUGUGCGAGGAACUGGAGAGUGGAGAUGGCCGAACAGCAGGCUCUUAGGUUUGGGUUGGAAAUGACGCUCAUGUGGCCAUCACAGGCCAAGGCUGUCCCUCUCUGGCUGGCCUCAGGAAGGGCGUAGGCUACAUCCUGAUUAUCUCUGAGAGGAACUAAUCAAAUGGCCCCCAGAAGCUCUGGAUUCUCCACCCAGGGCUGGGCCACUGUGGUGCUGCCCCAGUGUGACCUGGGGACCAAGGCUGGCCCAGGUUGUCCACUUUUGCCUAGCAGUCUGUACUUUCCCCAGGGACAUCCCUCUGGUCAGAGGCAGUGAGGGCUGGGGACUGAAGAUUGAACUUUGCUAAGAAGCCCUUUAAUCUGGGCUGGCACAGGCCUCAGCUUUACCAUCAGAAUGCACAACAGGUGGCCCAAGAGAAAGGGAAGCAGGAGUCCAGCCUCCGUGCCACUAUGGAGACUGUCUUCUAGCUGCUUAGUAGAGCUGUUGGCUGAGACCUGCUUGGGAGUCUCUGCUGGCCCUUCAUCUGUUCAGGAACACACACACACACACACACACAUACACACACACACACACUCACAACAUGCUACAGUAACAAAAAGGAUGUUGGGCUGUGGCAUUAUUAAAGAUGAUAUCCAGUCUCCAAAUGUAAUUCUGUCUUUGUGCAUAUGUGUGUGGGCUCCUCUUGGUGUGGGUUAGAGCAAUCAGAGCAAGGCACUGGACUAAUAGAUGGUCUUCUCGGGGUGGAGAAAAUGACCCACAUAGAGCCUGACUUUCAUAGAGGGGAUCUUUCCACUUGUGAGUAUAUGUACAUACUUUUUGGAAAAUAAAUUAGGGACAAACAAAACCCUAAGUAGGGACACAAGGUACACCAAAGGCAACACAAUAGGAGAUUUUUCUGCCCAUUCCCUUAGCAGCUCUUCUAGGCAACCGCUCCAGGGUGGAAAUGCAUGAGCCCAGCAGGAGAGUAGUAAUGAGGGCUGUUUUAUGAGGUAUUUAUAAGGCUUAGUUUAAUAAAGCUGAAAAUGACUGAGAAAUGAAUAUGCCUCUGAAGUGGGAGAAGCCCAGUAUGGUUUAUGAUGGAUUAAGGAAAAACCUUGAAGCCUCAGUCCACCAAGCCAGAGAGGGAGAGAGAGAUGAGUUGAUGGACAUGUCAAAUUCAGAGAGCAAUUUCCCAACUUAAUUGACUGGGUCAGUUCUCUUUGGGCUCCCAGGGAGUUCUUGUAGGCCAGGCUGUAAACCCUGUGAUCCUAGUGGUAAGGAGGAGGAAAAGAGCCUUCCUGGGCCCUGGGUCUUAGAAUCCCUUGUGCUUACUGGGACAGAUGAAGUAGCAGUGUCCUCAGACCUGGGUGGAGCCCAGUCAGAGAGAGAGCUCAGGGGACAUAGUAGUCCUUCUGCUUUGGAAUUUUCUUAUUGGGUUCCUGUUAACAUCAUGAGUCCAGAGCCUGUGGGAGCCUGUGGGGUGUGGUAGAUCUUGGGGUCUCUGAUUCUCUUGGCCCUGGUUCAGGCAGUGAGAUCGUGUUCAACGGCCCAGGGUGCCUGCUUCACAAGUGCCACUCAUAUGUCCAAGUGGAGGGACUGGACAGGUCUGUAGGAAGUGGUAAUGGAGAAACACCCAGCUAACGCUCACCCCGUAUUGACUGGAAUGGCAUCAGUGGGAACAAAAAGCUGCAGAUGCUGUGGCAAAGCACCACACACACACACUGAAUUCUCUUUUUAUACAAACUGUUGUGGCUCUGGAGGCAUGACCAUUCAGAAUGCAUUAAGGGACCCACACUGUAUGCAAAUUAGCUUGAAUGAUUGGCAAAGGCUGCUCCAUAGCCAGCCCUGGUCCACAGAUGAGGAAGCCAAGAAUGUACUCCUGAGAGGCUGUGGUGCUCUCUGGCAGGUACUUGAGGCCACAUGGAUGGCUGCAUGGUGUCAGGAAGUUGAAGUGUGAAAGACAAGGGGACUUCUUAGGUCCAGCUGGCUCAGCAAAAGAGGGGAGGAAAUACAGGGUUGGGUGCUCUAGGCCUUCUUGGGCUUUCUUGAUUUCAGAUAACUUUUGUGUAUGUGUGUGUGUGUGUGUGUGUUAUUAAAGUAAUACAUGUGCAUCGCAGAAAAUUUGGAGGAUACAGGAAACCAAAACCAUAAUCACAGUUAUGGUAAAAACCAAGGCAGAGACUUGGGGAUUUAAAUGGUGGCAUGGAGACAUUUCUUCUCCCCUUCUCUCAACAUCACUCCAAAAGCAAAGAGGCCAAAAAACAAACGCUGUCACUAUUUUCAAUAAAACUAGGAUGUAUUUAUACUCCCAAGUCAUAAUACAUGAAUACAGAAAGCAAAGGAACAGCAGUCAUCCAGAAGAGUGAGUGUGGGUCAAACCUAAGCACCCAUGCAGUUUCAGAAACAAUCAGAAAUUGGAGGAACCUGAUAUCAGGGAAGGUGGGGUCCAGGUGGGAGCCUAAAAAUGCGAGUUUGGUUGAAAAUCUUUAUGUAAGCUUCAGUUAGGCCUUCAAGUUGUCUUUACUCUCUAGUCUUACAGCUAGGUCACCACUUCUUUGUCUCCACCGAGGGCAAUAAGUAUGUACCCUUGUGGGGCACCAGGGUGGCUCAGUCAGUUGGGCAUCUCACUCUUGAUUUUGGCUCAGGUCAAGAUCCCAGUGUCUCAGGAUCAAGCCCAGGGUCUUGGGCUCCACACUAACAAUGUGAAGCCUGCUUGGGAUUCUAUCUCUCUCUCCCUCUGUCCCUCUCCCCUGUUCACAUGCUCUCUCUUUAAAAAAAAAAAAAAAGAAAGAAAAAGUUUUGUUCCCUUGAGACACUGAACCAGAGAGGCCCUAGACAUGAGGAUACCGGGCACAGAGGUGGGUAUGUGAUGAGGGUCUGUUUGGACAACCAGAGGAAUAAAAAAGAUUAUGAUUAUCAGUGGGGUUCAGCAGUUGCCUUUUCCAGCUAACUCCAGGACUCUGGCAGCCAAGCUUCUACUGCCUUCCCUCCUCCAGGCAGGAGAUUGAAAGAUGAUUCUUUGAAGAAACAAAGUCUAUAGGUUCUGAAAAAAAAUAAGCCAGCUGGUACAUAGAACUUGUAGUCAGUUUUCAGCAUCUCACUCAUAAGUAGGAAUAUACAAAUAAAGAUCAUAGACAUCAGAGAAAAAAGUGCCGCCAUGAAAGAAAGACCAAAACAAGUAAACAAAUAGAGGAACUCAAUGAAAACAGAUAUUAUAUGCACAGAACAUUUUAAAGACUCCAUAAUUCUUCAGAAUAAGUGAAGAUACUGCAUUCAUGAAAUAAGAACAAGAUAACUUAGAAGUUAAAAUAUGGCAGCAGAAAAAAUUAAU